AUGGCGCAGCAGCCCCAGUACCCUCCGCCCCCGAUGUCGGCCCCGGCGCAUCGUUUGCGCCUCCUCCUCAGGUUGCCCCAGGAUAUCCGCAGGAUUACCAAUACCCUCCUCCAAAUGGCUAUCCUGGCCCCCCUCCCCUCGGCCAGCACACCGGCAACAAGUCCGCCUCCACCAACACAGCAAUAUGCUCAAUACAACGCGCCUGCUUUCCCGCCAAAUGCCGCCCAUUCGGGAACACCGCCAGCUGCUUCUCAGACACCUCCUCCCGCUGGGACAAUGGAAAAAAUCCCUGGAGGUGCACCGGCCUUUGGGCAGUUCCAAGGAGCUUCCGGGACUAACGAGGACGAGGUUGGCACCUUCAAUGGAGGCAGCUAUCGGAUCAGUCACCGCGACUCGAACUCUCUUCUCACAUUGCAGCUAGCAAUGGGUUGCCCGUUGACUGCCAAACCUGGGGUAAUGAUUGCAAUGUCUCCAACCAUGACCUUGAAAGGCAGCAUUUCCUUCGGAUGGAAAAAGCUCAUCGCUGGAGGCGAGAUGACCAUGUCUCACUACACGGGGCCCGGUGAAUUACUUCUGGCUCCCUCGGUCUUGGGUGAUAUAAUCACUCUCCGUCUCAACGGCAAUGACCACUGGAAAAUCGGACGAGAUGCUUUCCUUGCCUCUACAACAGGUGUCAAGCACAAGUACCAGGCCCAAAGCCUCACCAAAGGCGUCUUUUCUGGAGAAGGUCUGUUUAUCUACAAGAUCACCGGCAAUGGAUUGCUCUGGAUGCAAAGCUUCGGCGCAAUCAUCAAGAAAGAUCUUCAAGAUGGGGAGUCCUAUUUCGUCGAUAACGGCCACCUAGUUGCGUGGAAUUGUCGCUACACGAUUGAACGCGUGGCCUCGGGUGGGAUUCUCUCCAGUCUCAGCUCUGGCGAGGGUCUUGCAUGCAAAUUUGAGGGUCCUGGGACUGUGUACCUGCAAACAAGGAACCUGAAUGCCUUCGCCGGACAGAUGAGUGUCAGCACUGCCAGUAACUGA